UGGCCGCCGCCAAGCGCCGAGGAAGCAACACGUGCCGCGCCGGUGCCGGAGCGCCGGGCUUCGGAGGCUCCGGGGAGCCGCGCCUGGUGACGAGGCCCGAAAGCGGCGCGCGCGCGCUUCCCCGCGGCGCUGCGGAGACGCCGAAGGGCUCGGACGGACGGACGUUGCCUCGGCUCGAGCCAGCGGGCUUUUUCUUCUCCCGCGAGCACCGCGGCGUCUCCCCGAGCGGAGGAUGGGCGAGAAGCUGGCCCCCCCGGGAGAGCUGUUCCUGCGCAAGGGCCGCGAGUCGGUGGUCUCGCUGGAGAUGGACCGGCUGGCCCCGGGCGAGGAGUCCACGGACAGCGAAGGCGAGCAGGAGGGCGGCUCCCACAGGCUCAUCCGCAAAGUCUCCACCUCGGGCCAGAUGAGGGCCAAGAAGAGCGUGAGGGAGGGGCUCCUGCUGAAACAGACGAGCUCUUUCCAGCGGUGGAAGAGAAGAUUCUUCAAGCUACGUGGACGGACUCUCUACUAUGCCAAAGAUGCCAAGUCCUUGAUCUUUGACGAAGUGGACCUGUCUGAUGCCAGCGUGGCAGAAACCAGCACCAAGAACAUAAACAACAGCUUUACGGUGAUCACCCCAUUCCGAAAACUCAUCCUUUGCGCCGAGAACCGGAAGGAGAUGGAGGACUGGAUCGGGGCUCUGAAGUCUGUCCAGAAAUGGGAAAUCAAUGAGGUGGUCCUGCGAGGGGGCCCUGCUGGGAGGGCCCGUGUGGGGUACCUUGGAUUUAACCUCCCAAUAAGCCUGGGGCAGAUCAAGGUCCCGGAAACAGCCCAGGCAGAGGGUGGGGCCGGGGCACUUUCCGUGACUGCAGCCCCCAACUGCUGUGCUCUGCUCCAGGCCUCCCAGUUCAACAUGGAGCACUUUUCCGGCAUGCAUAACUGGUACGCCUGCUCCCAUGCCCGACCCACCUUCUGCAACGUCUGCCGAGAGGCCCUGUCCGGCGUCACAUCCCACGGCCUCUCCUGUGAAGUGUGUAAGUUCAAAGCCCACAAACGCUGCGCCGUGAGAGCCACCAACAGCUGCAAGUGGACCACGCUGGCCUCCAUUGGCAACGACAUCAUUGAGGACGAAGAUGGGGUGGCCAUGCCCCACCAGUGGCUGGAGGGGAACCUUCCGGUAGGUGCCCGCUGUGCUGUGUGUGACAAGACAUCCGGCAGCGUCCGGAGGCUGCAGGACUGGCGCUGCCUCUGGUGCAAGACUGUUGUUCACAGCACUUGCAGGGAACAGCUUGGCAAGAAGUGUCCUCUGGGCCAGUACAAGGUCUCCAUCAUCCCUCCCACCGCCCUCAACAGUAUUGACUCCGACGGAUUCUGGAAGGCCACCUGCCCCUCCAGCUGCUCCAGCCCCCUCCUGGCUUUCGUCAACUCCAAGAGCGGGGAUAACCAAGGGGUGAAAUUUCUGCGCAAGUUCAAGCAGUUCCUCAAUCCAGCCCAGGUCUUUGAUCUCAUGAACGGUGGGCCACACCUCGGGCUGCGGCUCUUUCAAAAGUUCUCCACCUUUCGGAUCUUGGUGUGUGGAGGAGACGGGAGUGUUGGCUGGGUCCUGUCGGAAAUUGACUCGCUGGGACUGCACAAACAGUGCCAGCUUGGCGUCUUACCUCUGGGCACCGGAAACGACCUGGCCCGAGUGCUGGGCUGGGGCAGCCUCUGUGAUGAUGAUACACAGUUGAUGCAAGUUCUGGAGAAGUUGGAGCGUGCCACCACAAAAAUGUUGGACCGGUGGAGCGUCCUGACCUACGAGGCCCCCAAGCAGUCGGGCCCCGCCCUUGAGGACGACGAGAGCGAGAAUCCCACCAUCCAGGCUCAGAUCUCUCACUAUGCUGACUCGGUGGCCCUCCACCUGGCGAAGAUCCUAGAGUCCGACAAACACUCGGUGGUGAUCUCCUCGGCAAAAUUCCUCUGCGGGACAGUGAAUGACUUUGUAGCUGAUGUGGGGAAAGCUUACGGACGGGCAGCUGACAACAAGCAGGAAGCAGCCAUCAUGGCUGGCAAGUGUGCCACACUGAGCGAGAAACUGGACUCGCUGGUCCGCGAGCUGAAUGAGGAGUCCCAGGCCACCGUGGUGCCGGAAGGCCACGCUGCGGCCCCUGAGGUCAAGGAGCAGAGCGCCAUCCAGCCCAGCCUUCGGCCUCCUCGCAUCUUCAAGUCCAAGGAGCAGCUCAUGCUCAGAGCCAACAGCCUCAAGAAGGCGCUGCGCCAGAUCAUCGACCAGGCGGAGAAGGCGGUGGAUGAGCAGAACAAGCAGACCCAGACCUACCGGAGUCUCUCAGUGGCCAGCAAGAAGGACAGUGGCGAGGAGAUCAACAAGGAGAUAGAAGCACCGAAGUCCCGCCGUGAUACGGUCACCUCCACCACUUCCUCCCUCUUCCUGGAUCAGCCCGAGCACUUCACGCCGACCCCUUUCUCCGAGGACCCCGAUGCUGUGCAAUUCUCUGAAAGGUGCGUCAUGAAUAACUACUUUGGCAUCGGCUUGGACGCGAAGAUCUCCCUGGAAUUCAACAACAAGAGGGACGAGCACCCAAAGAAAUGCAGCAGUCGCACCAAAAACAUGAUGUGGUACGGGGUCCUGGGAACGAAGGAAUUGCUGCAGAGGACCUACAAGAACCUGGAGCAGCGGGUCCAACUUGAGUGCGACGGGGUUCCCAUCUCCUUGCCCAGCCUGCAGGGCAUUGCCGUGCUUAACAUUCCCAGCUAUGCAGGCGGCAUCAACUUCUGGGGAGGUACCAAGGAAGACAGUAAUUUCGGAGCUCCCUCCUUCGAUGACAAGAAGCUGGAGGUGGUGGCUGUUUUCGGGAGCAUCCAGAUGGCGGUCUCUCGGGUCAUCAACCUGCAGCACCACCGCAUCGCCCAGUGCCGGAUGGUGAAGAUCACAAUUCGGGGGGACGAAGGGGUCCCAGUGCAGGUGGACGGAGAGGCCUGGAUACAGCCCCCGGGCGUGAUCCAGAUCCAGCACAAGAACAGGGCUCAGAUGCUGACCAGGGACAGGGCCUUCGAGAGCACCCUCAAAUCAUGGGAAGACAAGCAAAAGGGGGAGGCCUACCGAGCCCCAUCCCGGCUGCGGCUCAGCUCCCAGCAGUCCAUGGAGUACCUGAUGGAGGAGGAGGCAACUCAGAUGCAGCAGCUGGUCCGAGCCACUGAAACCCUCAUUAGCAGAAUACGAGAGGCCGCCAAGUCCCGUAAAGGCAUGGAGCAGGAGUUGGCACACGCCGUGAACAGCAGCUCACUGGCCCUGAGCGAGGUCCUGGCCUGCAAGAGCACCAGCGGGGCUCCGGAGGGGGAGUUGCAGCUGAUCAGCCGGAGCACAGCUGUGGAGGUGUCUGUUAGCGUGAAGGCCUUGUGCACUGAAACCCAGGCAUUCCUGGACGGAAAGCAGCAGCUGGAUUCUCCCCAGCAAGAGGACGCCCUCCACCAGGCCCUGGACGCCGUCGGCCAGGAGUUGCAGAGGUUCUCCGAUGUCCACUGGAUGACCCCCAUCAUGAGCUCAGUUGAGGAGGUGAUGGGCCAGGAGGCUCCUGGGAGCAGCAACAAGGGCAGCCUGAAGCUACGGAUUAAUCUCGCAAAGCCCAAGAAGGAGAAGCUCCAAAAGCAGAGAUCAGGCGGGGUCACCCCAGUGGACAGUUGGGGCCCGGAGGAGGUGGCCGCCUGGCUCGAGGCGCUGGAUUUAGGGGAAUACAAAGAGCUUUUUAUGCGCCACGACAUCCAGGGCUCUGAGCUGAUGCUGUUGGAGAGGAGAGACCUGAAGGAACUUGGGAUAUCAAAAGUGGGCCACGUGAAGAGGAUCCUCCAGGGAAUUAAGGAGCCUGCCGGGCAGCAGUAGGGGGAGCGUCUCCGAAGGAGAUGGCUUGGUGGCCGUCAUCCAUCUUCACUGUGUCCACUGGGGUUGCCGGGCCUGGCCCUGCGGCGGCCGAGGUCUUCUUGGGAGGAGCCCCCCGGAGUUUACAUUUCCACAUUUGCCAAAGAUGAUGGCUGCGCUGGCUCUUCCUGGCCUCCCCCGUCUCCCGGCCCCCUCUGUGGGGCAGCUGUCGUGGUCCUGUGCUUGAAUUAUGCUUCUUUCCACGCAUGCCACCGUUCUCCUGGCACCAGAGUGGGGGCCUCAGCGAUUCUCCUGCAUCCCCUUCCUCACACCAGUGGAUGCACCACACUCGGUCUUGUACCAGGGCUGGGGAGGCUGAUGGCAAUUGGCUGGGGUGCCUCUCACACCCUCCUCUUGAGGUGCUCCUUUUAGAGUUGGGCAAGGGAAGUCCUCUUGAUUGGCAAUGGUUAGCCAAGCGAUUCCGCUGUUCCAGUCAGCCCACGGGAGCAACGGUGCCCCUGAGCAAGAGCCUAAGGCCCUUCUGCCUUUGUUGCUGACCCCCUGCUCGGCUGGCCCUUUCCCCCGCGCCCCUGCCACUGGCCCCUGCCCUCCUUUCUUGGGUGGCUGCAGAAGCUUUGGCAGUUCUUUUUUCUCACGGGUCCCUGGAGCUCCCUGGUGGCACCCAGGAGGCAGCUCCGCAGAGCAAGAAUUCUAGAUCCAGUUUCCUUUCGUGAUCUGGAGUCUAAACUCUCCCGAGAGUAAGGCAGAAGGUUCCUUCUCAGACCCUACCCCUAAUGUUGCUGCGGAGAAGGGAAAGCAGGGAGCCCUUGGAAGGCUGCAGUCGGUGCCACCCCUCCCACCCACCCGCUUGCCCGGCAGACUGGGCCCUGUGAGGCCAGCUGGCCUGCCCUUGUGCCCCUCUCCCCACCCCCUGCCCCCUUUCUGCAUCUUUGCCCCCCUUGAUCCAGUCUGUUGGAAAGUGUGAUAUAGAUGUACAUACCUUGGAAAGAAGAUACCUAUUUAAAGAGUAAUAUAUACCUUAAUUUAUUUCUCACCUGUAUUGCGCAGAUGCACUUUUGGAAUCUGGAUGUAGAGCCUGGAGCCUCUUCUGGGAGCUCCUCAGCCACCACGGGCCACUCUGGGGUGCCAGCUGAGUGCCCAGGGACAGAGACUAAACCCCCCACCCCACCCCCAGUGGUGUUUGAUCAGCUUCUUAGUCAGAGCUGCAGGGGAGGCCGCCUUAGCCCCACUGGCACGUGGGGGCAUGUACCUAUCUUGGCUGAAACUGCAGCCAGCCCACCUUGGCCUUCCCAGCCAAGGGUUGAUUGGCCUGGGAGGGCAGCUGCAGGGGACAGAUGGCUUCUGCCACACCCAAGUGGACGGGCAGUCAGUGGGGCCAGGUCUCCUCCAUGUUGGGCGCGUGUGCACAGCUGGGCGGGCAGCCGAUUGUCAUCGUGUCCAUGUGCAACAGAGAUUUUACUGCAAGAGUGCCAGGAGUCCUUGGCAUCUCCCUCUCUGCUGCAAAGGAACCAACCAGCUUGGUUCUCUGUGUUGGGCAGCCGGUCUCUUUGGCUGACAGGCACGGUGAGGAGGAACGCCCGAGGAAGGCAGCAGGGUUGGGAUCCUCUGUCCCUUGGGCGUUCCUAGUCGCAGCCUAGCCAAAGGGAGAGGGGGCGCUUUCAGAUGCCCGUUUAUCCCCCCCCUCUGCAUUUCGGCUGCUCUUUUCUAUAGCCCGAUGGUAGGGAGAGAGAUGGGAGCCACUUCCAGGACACAGGACAGAAGAAGGGAAAAAUGAAGUGUGAAACACUGUUCUUAAAACUGGGGGUGGGAAAGACCCUGGACUGUGGUUCCAAAUUUCAGACAUCACGGCCGCAAAAUAAAUCUCAACAUGGAUUUGA